GUUCGAGUUACUAAAAUCGCCUCGUGUCUAAAAGAAACAGUGUAUCAUCUUGCCUGUCAAAAGUCAUCUCUGCACACCUUUCAACAGUGAACUUCUCGUGAGCUUUGCCUCGUCAGGAUGGAUUUAAAGUACACGAUAACGGUAUUUUUGAUUUGUGCCUUGGCCUGUUUUACUACAUCAGUUUUAAGCAAAUGUCCCGAAAUUUCUUCAAACGUAACCUUGGUGCGUUGUGGCUAUCUAAACGCGACCAAAGAUCAGUGUUUGAAUUGGGGAUGCUGUUGGAACGAAUCUUCCGAUGCUAACGCCACAGGGUGUUAUGGGAUCGCAAAUAAUCAGUCAGUGGUAAAUGCAACGGUUCCCAUGACAACAGUCAAGACUCCACUGACCAAAGUAAACACAUCUACUGUAGAUAAGCAUGAAGGCUUCUGCCAUGUGUACCGUGCUGGGGCAUGUGAUCGAUGGUUGAACUACACGAUGCUGGAAUACCGCUGGACACCCAGAUUUAUUGAUUACAGAUUCGGGCUGAAUGGAACUGAGAAUUUGAUAUUAGAGUUCAUGAAAGUAAUCGGAAGGAUUAAGGGACAGGAAAGAUGUAGAGAAAUUUUGAAAACCCUCUUGUGUGAAUAUUUUCUGCCGCCAUGUAACGAAGCAAAUGAACCGUACAAAUUCUGCAGAGAAGACUGCGAAGCUGUUUUCAAAACAUGUCAUACUGCUAUAACGGAAUUGGUCGGAGCGGCAAAAUACUUUGUCGAAGAACUGGGCGAUAAUCUAGGGCAUGCUGAGGUUCCUGAUUGUGAAAAACAUCGCUAUUCUGCAGAGUAUAAGGCUGAGAAUUCCACCUGUGUUCACUUUGGAUUGUUUACCUUCUCUCCAACUGUAGAAGCCGAGGAUGAAGAGAAGGAAACAUCAUCUAAGCUUAACAUUAUCGCUUUAGCUAGUGCUGUCGUGGGAAUCGUACCUGUAGCUGUAGUUAUCCUGAUCAUCGCUAUUGUUACCAAGAGACGAGGCAAAGUUGUGUCCAUAAAGAACAGAGUUCAAGUGGAGAAGCACCGGGCUUCUGAAGAGGACAAAAUCGCGAGCCUUUUUAAGCCUGAUGACGUCAAACAAAUACCGUUGACAAGAAUAGAGUAUAUCAGGGACCUGGGAUCAUGGAACUUCGGCUCAGUAUUUUUGGGAAGAGCACAUACUUUGAUCAAAGGAAAAGACGAUGCAGGGAUGAGGGUCGCUGUCAAGACUUUGGCCAAGGAAAGCUCAACUGAGACAAAGGAGAAUUUCAUCGAAAAACUUGCGUUGAUGUCUCUUUUGCACCAUGAGAACAUUUUGGAAUUGCUGGCUGUCUCUACCGAGGAGGAACCUUACGGAAUGAUAUUCGAGUAUAUGGAAUUAGGAGACCUUGCUCAAUUCCUGAGGAGAGCUGGACCUGGCUUUGAGGGUGAAGAAAAAGAGAGAGUCUAUCUUACGCAAGAGGACCUGGUUUCCAUCUCAUUCCAAUGUGCCGCUGGUAUGGAGCAUCUUCAGAGGCUAAAAUUUGUUCACAGUGAUGUGUCUUCAAGGAAUUGCCUUGUGGGUCAUGGGCUUACUGUGAAGAUUGCUGAUCUUGGCAUGGCCAGACACGUUUACGUCUCAGACUAUUAUAAGAUGGAGGGCCGAGGUUCAUUACCAAUCCGAUGGAUGGCUCCUGAAGCCUUGUUUCUGAGAAAAUUCUCAUUGGAGUCUGACGUUUACUCGUUUGGUGUUCUUCUGUGGGAGAUCUUCACACUGGCGCUACAGCCUUACUAUGGGUACAGUGACGAGGAAGUCAUCGAGUUCAUUAAUGAGGGUGUCCACCUUGGAAAAACUGAUUACUGCCCUGAUCAUGUGUUCGAAAUAAUGAAGAGUUGCUGGAACCAAGAGGCUUCAGAAAGACCAAAGUUUACCCUGAUAAUGGCGGAGCUUAAACCGAAAAUGACGUCAGACUAUGAUUCAUUACGUUAUUCACAAUCAAUUCCUGACCAGGAACCGCUGUACCAAAGAAUUGGCAGCCCGAUAAUGGAACUAAAAGAAGUUGCCACUCCUACCCACCAAGUCACCCUGGAAAUUUCCAAGCAGGCCCCAGAUACUCCACCUCCUUCUAUGCACCAACCUGGGCCAGCUUAUGAGAACGUCGUACGCAAACUCAGUUUCCAUAGUGACGAGGAGGAAGGUUUUUUUGAGUUAGAUAUUGAGCAGGAAGCUUACUGAUUAUCGUACGUUUCUUUAAUCAGUUGACUUGAAAAAUUAUUACUAAAGGUUCCCUAUGUAUUAAGGCGUUAACUUCGUCAAUACCCCUAUACAUGCGGCUGGUUGAUAUCACAACCGCAUUAUGCCUUAGUCCAAUUAAAAGUAUGGCCGAAAAAAAAAACAGUGUGACCGAAAGACCGAAAGUUAACAAACAACCAGGAAAUGACAGAUGGGCCAAAAGGGGUAGCUUCGAAGGAAACUUGGAAAAUUUGGGAAUAGCUUUCAGUUAAAGCAUUGUCUUCCGAUCUACUAGGAUGGAAUUUAUUGUAUCUUAAGCCUUUCGCAAUUUCCAAGAUUGUUUAAGCACAUCAUGCGUUGCUUCUUAAAACAGAUAUAAGUGCAAACUAAGGAACUGCAAAGCGAGAGUUGAUUUUCAUUUUCUAUUUUGUUUUUUCUAUUCUGAUUUUCUUGAGCUGGUAUCCAAUUUCUCUUAGUUAUUCGAUAUUAGAUAUUCGAUGAGACGGGAUAAAUUUAGCUCCCGUUGAAAUGCGCUGUCCAACGACAACGUGCUGCGACUUAUGCUCGCAGACUUCUGUUAAAUACAGAUAUCGUCAAUAAGGAACUCGAAAAAUGCAUCCUAAAAGUUGUAAAAUGACGAAACGUCGUUAAAAAGGAAGUUGCUGAAAGAACGGCGCGAACUUCUUUGACGCAAAGUUUUGUUCGGUUAAAGGAACGAUGACCUUUAAGUUGGUUUGAUAUACGUAACUUCGUUUCAUGGAGUCUGUAAUAGAAUCGUUUUGGAAAUUUUCAAGCCUAUAUACAGACUUAAAAGUAUGCAUACUUAAACUUACUUUCAAGGAUCUAUACACACGAAGUGGUAAGGAGAAUUGAAAGCGAUUCCACCAGAUGAAGAACCCAGCAAAUGAUUCAAUAUGUUAGUAUUUUUACCCACCAGAUGAUUUUCUUCCUCGAUGAAAUCUAACAAGGGAUAAGAUUGACAGACCGCGUUUGGUCAAACGCCUGUGCAUGUGCAAACUUUGUGGCGUGCUUUCAAGGUUUCAGAACCAACUUGUCUCACACGGAUUACGGACAACCACAGAAGCCAGCAAAACACGGGUUUUUUUUAAAAAACGUAUAACUUUUUUAGUAAAGCUCAAAACAGAAUAAAGAGGAUACCCGUACUUAAAUGCCCUUCUUGUUCGAGAAAUCUCGAGUUUUCCCUCUUCGGUCUUCUUUGCUUCCUUUCACAGAUUUCUGUGAACUUUCAACAAUGAUUUCGUUCGAAAUUUUUCGCGGGAAACUAGCGUGCGGCCGGCCAGAAUCUGCUCGCGCAUGCUCGACGUUUGACCACUCUGUCCGCCUAAUAAAUUUCACCAUAUGAUUUGUUUUGUCCAAUACGAGUAGAAAUAAGGGAGGGAGGGAGGCUAACUAUGUUAAAACUGCUAUAAGUUUGCCAGAAUAGAUUCAAUCCACUUUGAAUCAGGGCGUUUCUUUGUAUAUUACUUUUUCUUUUGAUAGGGUGAAAUUGAACGCUGUUUACAAUUUACAAUUCCAAAUCAAACUGUUUAUAAUUCCAUAUCAGUCUAUUGUCCCAUGUACCAGGAACAAAGAUUUUAAAUUUUGAUAAAAUUUCACGUGUUACAGUUUCAUCGCCUGCUAUUGCUAAAUGAUAAACACUAAAAAGCUUCAUGAAACUUUACCUUGCAGUUAAUGUAGACACUUGUUUUAUGGCAUCCAUGAAAAUGCAGUUAAUUUGUUGUUCCAAAUAUACGCUUUAUUGAGCGCUUUACAAUCGAGUGUCGGAAGUUGCUUCGAUUUUGCUUUAUUUCACCGUGAUUGGUCCAGAAAACUCGCUCCAUCCUCUCAACCAAUCAGAUGUAGAAAACGGGAGUUAGUCACUCGCGUUUUCCCGCGCUUUAAGCAAUGAACUUUACUUGUCUGUACUUUGCAUUCUUGUAAUGUUUUUAUUUUCUCUGAUUGCUUGAUGUCGUUAGCUCGGUUUUGGUAUAAUGAUACUCAAUGGAAAUAAUUUCUAUAUACACUUAAUAAUUAAGGAAUUCUUUUUGCGAAUCAUUAGUGCUCUCCGUUAUCACGAAAGAACGCAAAGUAAGCUGAUACCACAGUCAUAAAUUCUGUGAAAGAAAGAAAAAUCUACGACACUCGAUGGAAAUGAGCUAUAAGUCGCAAUAAAAUGGAAAUGAGUCGUAAUGUAGCGAAACGAUAAUAGAGAAUAAUUUCUUAGAUUAUAGAUUGCAGAACUUAGUUUCUUGUUAAACAGGAAACUGGGUUAAUGAUCAUAUUAAAAUAUUUGUAUCAGCAAUUUUG